AUGGCCAGGAAGAAGAUUGCAGUCAUUGGAGCCGGGGCAAGCGGCUUGGCCUCCAUCAAAUGCUGCUUGGAUGAGGAUCUGGAGCCUGUGUGCUUUGAGAUGACCAGCAACAUUGGGGGGCUCUGGAGGUUUGAGGAGAAACCUGAGGAAGGCCGGGCUAGCAUUUACAAGUCUGUGAUCAUCAACACAUCCAAAGAGAUGAUGUGCUACAGUGACUUUCCCAUCCCAGAUGACUACCCCAACUACAUGCACAACUCCAAGAUCAUGAGCUACUUCCAGUUGUAUGCCAAGCAUUUUGACCUUCUGAAGUACAUCCGCUUCAGGACUAAAGUAUGUUACGUCAGGAAGUGCUCAGACUUCACUCAAACGGGCCAGUGGAAUGUUGUCACAGAGACCAAUGGGAAACAGGAGUCAUCUGUUUUUGAUGGGGUCAUGGUUUGCACCGGCCAUCAUACUAAUGCUCACCUACCGCUGAGCUCUUUCCCAGGCAUAGAAAAAUUCAAGGGACGCUACCUCCACAGUCGAGAUUAUAAGGAACCCAAUGAAUUCACAGGAAAAAGGGUUAUUGUGAUUGGCAUAGGGAAUUCGGGGGUGGAUAUUGCUGUGGAGAUCAGUCUAAUGGCCAGCCAGGUUUUCCUUAGCACUAGGCGAGGAGCAUGGAUAAUGAAUCGCGUUGGAGAUGGAGGGGAGCCCCAAGAUACUUUUUAUAAUAGUCGUGUUGUCAACUCCGUCAUCAAGUACAAUGCUGUUCGUAGGGUGUUGCACUCUCUAGUACGGCUAAAGGUAAACAGAAGGUUCAACCAUGCCAUGUACGGACUCCAGCCUCAACACAGUCUUGACAGCCAGCAUCCAACCAUCAACGAUGAACUCCCAAACAGGAUCAUUUCUGGCCGAGUGGUGGUGAAACCAAAUGUGAAGGCGUUUGCCGAAACAUCGGUCCUCUUUGACAACGGCAGCAAGGAGGACAAUAUUGAUUGUGUUAUCUUUGCCACGGGAUACAAUUUCUCAUUUCCUUUCCUGGACGACUGCGUCAAAGUUGUGAAUAACGAGGUCUCCCUGUAUAAAUAUAUGUUUCCACCACUCUUGGAGAAGCCGACCCUGGCUAUCAUUGGCCUUGUCCAGCCUCUGGGGGCAAUUAUGCCAAUUGCAGAAAUGCAGGCCCGCUGGGUUACACGCGUGUUUAAAGGACUGUGUGAGCUGCCUUCAGCAAAUGAAAUGUUGCAGGACAUUCGCUACAAGGAGGAAGAAUUGGCCAGACGGUAUGUGAGAAGUCAACGGCACACAAUCCAAGUGGAUUAUAUUGAAUAUAUGGAUGAACUAGCUGCUCAGAUACCUGUGAAUUUCAGUAUAUGGUGGCUUUUCCUCACGGAUCCUAAGCUGGCCAGGGCGGUUUUCUUUGGGCCGUGCACACCAUAUCAGUACCGUCUGCAAGGACCAGGAAAAUGGGACAGAGCCAGAAAAACUAUCCUGACCCAACGUGAACGGAUCCUGAAACCCUUUAGGACCAGGGAAAUAUGUGACUCCACCAGCCAAUCCAAGCAGCCAUUUCUCUUUAAGGCCGUGCUGGCAGUUGCUCUAUUUACUGCAUUCCUGGGAUGGUUUGAAGCAUUCUCUGCCUUUGUUAUAUAGGAAUAUUCUGAGGACAAUUGUACUGCUUGGGAUCUUGUUUUUCUUGGGGUUUUAUUUAUUUCCUGGCCAGGGGGUGGGGGGGAGGGAGAGGUUCCCUCCUCUCUUUUAAGGUGCUAAUUGCAUAUUUUUUUUAAAAAAACACUGCAACGUGUAUAUAGGUACCUAUGAAGAAAA